AUGUUGUAUCGUGUUUUCGCAUCGUUUGAUACCGUCUGCCUCACGGGCAAGACGAUCACCCUCGAAGUCGAGUCUUCGGACACUAUCGACAACGUCAAGGCGAAAAUCCAAGACAAAGAGGGCAUCCCGCCGGAUCAGCAGCGAUUGAUCUUCGCCGGAAAACAAUUAGAAGAUGGCCGAACUUUAGCCGACUAUAACAUUCAAAAAGAAUCCACCUUGCACUUGGUCUUGCGUUUGCGCGGCGGCAUCAUCGAGCCGUCCUUGAUCGUCUUGGCGAGAAAAUCCAACCAAGACAAGAAAAUUUGCCGCAAAUGUUACGCUCGAUUACACCCGAGAGCGGUCAACUGCAGAAAGAAAAAGUGCGGGCACACGAACCAGUUGCGCAUCAAGAAGAAGUUGAAGUAA